AUGGACUUUGCCAUCGAGGCGUCUGACUCGGAAGCGGCCGCGAUCCACGCUGUGGAGCUCAUUCGUAUGAGGGACGCUUCCCCAGACUGUCAUGUUGGCCUUGGAUCGACGACGCCGCACUUUAACCUGCUGCGGCUCACAACCAAGGAAGUGUCUGCGUACGGUGUCCUGCGGUACAAUGCGAGCUGCUUCGAAGUUGCCAUCGACCUGCUCAACCGCCAAGCCGUCGAUCUCGACAAUCUCGCCACGGAUGGUUACCUCAUCCAAGAUGCCGAAGAGGACUUCCUGGCCAUCGCAGCGCGCAAGGGAAUCAAGAGUGUAGUUGGAGUCAUGCUAAGCAGAAUAGACUUCCUGAUAGUUGUAGAGUGCCGUGCAUGCAAUGCGGCUCUCGCUUGUGUCUAUGGCGGAGGAUAG